CUAAGGGGCUGGGAUUCAUGAGGAAUAGAAUAAAUGUGCCUUUCAUACAUUACUUCGCCACCAGUCUGGUGGCUCCAGCCUCUGGAAUCCUGAUCACUUCUUGCCCAACUUUCAGAAGUCAAGAAGUGCUUAAAUAAAGAGAAACUUGUUCUGUGGCAGAAAAGGUCACUUCUUCUGGCCAGGCAUUUGGAAAGGAGACAGGAAGCAUAUUAUUUUAAAGGUGCCGGAGCCCGAGCCGCGCCCGGCCAGUCGUGAUGCCGAUGCCGCCGCCGCUGCCCGGCCGGGGGGCGCUGCCGCUGACCGCCCCGCUGCUGCUGCUGCUGCUGCUGCUGCUGCUCGUGUGCCCGGGGCCCGAUGGCUCAAGUGGAAAUAAGCUUAAGCUGAUGCUUCAAAAACGAGAAGCUCCUGCUCCAGCUAAAACAGAGGUGUCAGUAAAAGAAAACAAGGCCAAGGAGUUUUUAAGCAGUUUGAAACGCCAGAAGCGCCAGCUGUGGGACAGGACUCAACCAGAUGUGCAGCAAUGGUACCAACAAUUCCUCUACCUGGGAUUUGAUGAAGCAAAAUUUGAAGAUGAUGUCUCCUACUGGACAAGCCUGGGACGGGGUGGCAAUGAAUACUAUGGUGGAUAUUACCAGCACCAUUAUGAUGAAGAUGCACCUAUUGGUCCACGAAAUCCACAUACCUUCAGGCAUGGAGCAAGUGUUAAUUAUGAUGACUAUUAACCUCAUUUAUUCUACUAUAAUAAUUCUAAGAGGGUAUUGGGUUGAGAUGAGUUUCCUCACUCACAUUCCCUCCCCUCUCCUUUUUUCUACUACUCAUGUAUAUGAACAAAGAGAAGAACUGUCAAGCACAGGAAAAAGUAAUUUAGAUUUUUUUUUUUUUUUUUUUACAGUUAGUAGUACAUUAUGUAGUCAUGUUUGAAUUAAAACCUUUUAUUAAAAUAAGCAUUUUUCCCA